AUGACGAACGGCAGGAAUAGUAGUAAUGCCCAAGGCGGGAAUGAGAGUACUACUAUACAGCAAGUCCAAAUGUAUGGUACUAUGGGAACUUUGGCGGAGUUCAGAAUCGAUGGCGACUGGAAUGUGUACCAGGAGCGGAUGGAGCAAUUUUUUUWGGCAAAUGGAAUUCCUGAAGAACGUAAGGUACCAUUACUAAUAACAUGCAUGGGCGAACAAGCAUAUAAGAUGCUUAAGGAUUUAUGUGAUCCGGUGAAGCCAGCUGAGAGUACAUAUGAGCAACUAUGCAAGGUACUGACUAGGCAGUUUGCUAAAAAAGUAUCRGUUUAUAGAAAAAGAGAGGAGUUUUAUAAUCUAAGACAGAAUGCUAAUGAGUCCAUAUCAGACUGGUAUGCAAAAAUGAAAACUUUUGCAGCGCAAUGUAGUUUCGGACUAAAUUUGAUACCAGUACUAAAAGAUAAAUUCACUACUGGGAUGAAGGAUGGUCCAAUCAAAGAUCGUUUGUAUGAAGAAGAAACGACCAAGGAUUUGAGUGAGCUGGUGGAGAUUGCAAUGAAGAAAGAAGCCGCAAUCAAAACAACUAACAUUGAGGUGCAUUCGAUUGGGAGAAGCAGGGAAGGAGCUAAGAAGAAAAAUGGUUAUGGUUCGCAGAAGAAACUAUCAACAACAAUGGGAGGCGAGAAGACUUCGAAGAAAAAUUAUGAUAAAGCUUGUUAUKYAUGUGGUCUGACAAAUCACAGAUUUUCAGAAUGUAAGUAUAAACAAUAUAAAUGUAAAAAUUGUAAUACGGUAGGGCAUUUGGCAAAAGUGUGUAAAACAUUUAAAAAUCAUUUUGUUGAAGUUGAGGAGAAUAAAGUUAUGGAUAUGUUUCAAGUUGAGGUUAAAAGUGAAAGUAACUGCGGAUUAAGUCCUGUAAUGAUAAUGGUAAAAAUUGAAAAUGUAUCAAUUGAAAUGGAAGUUGAUUCAGGUGCAGGUAUAUCAAUAUUACCUGAAGAAAUUGUGAAAGAGAAGUUACCUCAUAUACACAUUAAUUCUACGGUGUUAAAGMUAAGAACGUAUGAUGGUUCAAUUAUUAAACCAACAGGAGAAAUUGAAGUAAAAUUGAAGUAUGGUGAAAGAGAGUUAUAUGGUAAAUUAUUAGUAGUAAAAAGAGGACAUAGAGCUCUGGUAGGUAGAGAUUUAAUGAAAAAAUUAGGAAUAACGAUUAUGGGUAUUUCAAAGAUUGAAGUAGAGAGCACAAAUAAGAAUAAUAAAUUAGAGUUACUAAUGAAUGAAUUUGAGGAAUUAUUUGAGGAAAAAGUUGGUAAAUAUAAAUAUGAAAAAGUGACAUUGAAAGUUAAAGAAKGAUGUACACCUAUAUUUUGUAAACCAAGACCAAUACCUUUUGCUUUUAAAAAAAAAGUUGAGGAGGAGUUGGAUAGAUUAGAAAAGGAGGAUAUAAUACAGAAAGUUGAGACUAGUGAAUGGGGUACUCCACUUGUACCUGUGAUUAAACCAGAUGGAUCUAUUAGAUUAUGUGCAGAUUAUAAGACUACGGUCAAUAAAUAUUUAGUAGAUAUUAAUCAUCCAUUACCAAGAGUAGAAGAUGUUUUUGUGGCGUUACAAGGAGCUUGGAGUACAAGUAAAGGUAUUUAUAUAGUAAAAAGAUUACCUUUCGGUACCAAACCAGCUUGUUCAAAGUUUCAGAGUGUUAUUKAAAAAGUGCUGUUAGGAACAAAGGGUGUUAAAAACUUUUUAGAUGACAUUAUUGUAACUGGUAGAAGUGAACAGGAACACUUAGAUAAUCUCAGGGAAGUGUUUAAAAGAAAAAUUAUUAAUUCUAUGAUGCCUGUAGCCUGUGCUGAACGAUUGUCACUUACCAAAUAUUGA